CCCUGGAGGAUGGUGUCGCCUUAGUCCCUGAUGCCGAGGUGGAGGGAGUCGGGCGGCGCCACCGGAUCCGGGGAGCGAGGGCGCCCGCCGGGCAGUCCAGCCCGCCCUGGCGCCUUUUCCCCAGCCCGCUGCGGCCGCCUUAGGAAAUGGAGGCUGGCUCCUGCCCUUCAUUGAGAGGAAGCCCAGGUGAUGGCUGUCAUGCCCCUGAGAGCCUGGCACCAGGAGGUGGUGACCUUUGAGGACGUGGCUGUAUACUUCACCCAGACAGAAUGGGCUGGCCUUUCUCCUGCACAGAGGGCCCUGUACAGAAGUGUGAUGCUGGAGAUUUAUGGAAACUUGACGUCUCUGGGAUACCCAGUUCCCAAACCUGCGUUGGUCUCACUUCUGGAGAGAGGGGAUUUGCCUUGGGGCCUGGAGACACGGGAUGAUCGCCCUGCACAGGGGACCAAAGACAUUUGUAAAAAUGCCGGGACCAACAUUGACAAUGAGUUGACACCAACAUGGGGAGUUUCUGAAGAAAGAGACAUGAUGAUGUCACAUGGGCCACAGAAGAAUGUUCUUAAGAGAAACAGCUUCCUAAAAUCAUGUGAACUGGAGAAGCACCAGGAAAUCCCCACAGUGAAAAAUAUUAGAGGAAAGGGUCCAAGAAUCCACUAUGAUAGGAAGGCCUUCAGAUGUGAGGAAUGUGGGAAAUGCUUCAGCUAUUUUUGUUACUAUGUUAGACACCAGAGAAUCCACACUGGGGAGAAACCCUUUGAGUGUAAUGAGUGUGGAAAAGCCUUUAAUGGUAAUUCUUCAUUAAUUCGACAUCAAAGAAUCCACACUGGAGAGAAACCCUAUCAGUGUGAAGAGUGUGGGAGAGCCUUUAAUGAUAACGCAAAUCUGAUCAGGCAUCAGAGAAUCCACAGUGGGGACAGACCCUAUCUCUGCAAGGAGUGUGGAAAUGGUUUCACCAGUAGUUCUGAGUUUGUUAUACACCAGAGAAUUCACACUGGGGAGAAACCCUAUGAGUGUAAUGAGUGUGGAAAAGCUUUUGUUGGUAAUUCACCACUGCUGCGACAUCAGAAAAUCCACACUGGAGAGAAACCUUAUGAAUGUAAUGAGUGUGGCAAAAGCUUCGGACGGCCUUCUUAUCUUAGUCAGCAUCAGCGUAUUCACACAGGGGAAAAGCCUUAUUCUUGUAAAAUAUGUGGGCAAGCCUUCAGUUUUCAUACAAAACUAACUCGGCACCAGCGAGUCCACAGUGAGGUGAAACCCUUUGACUGUGUAGAUUGUGGAAAGGCCUUUAGUGCUCAGGAUCAAUUAAAAAGGCAUCUAAGAAUACAUAUUCAGAAGACUUCCUAUGUGUGUGAUGAGUGUGGAAUAGUCUUUACUAGCAAAAGAAAUCUGCUUCAGCAUCGAAGAGUCCAUACUAGAGAGAAACCCUGUGAAUGUGUCAAGUAUGAAAAAACCUUUAGGACUUCUUCCCAGCUAGAUCAUGUCCACCCUGGAGAGAAGCCAGUGCUGGAUGUUGGAUGUUUUGGCCUCCCAGAAUUUUUUACCCCCUUUUACUGGUAAUAGUACACUAAAUUUCCUUUUGGAUUCCGUCUUCCACGCAGGGGUAGAAUUUGUGACACAGGCCCAGCUCAGCUGCAGAUUCCUUCCCUCAAGCUAUAGCUGUUGGUUCAGAUGUCAGUAGAUAACCCAAGAUAGUCCAGUUAGAAUCCCAGACUUGGCAAGAGUUAAUAACCUUGUAAAUGGUGAGUGUGGCCCUGGCACAACAACCAGACGGCAGACUGUGGCCUGGCAAUCCUUUCGCCUUCCAGUUGUUAACAAACUUUUGACAUUCCUACUCAUUAAGAUCUUAAUCAUUCAUACUCGUUAAGCAGCUGGGCCUCCUAAUGGGCAGUUUCACAGUGGCUGAAUGGUAUUGGAGAGCCACAUGCACCCAUGUGGACUUUGGAAAGCCUGCCAAUUAUGAAUUCCAUGGUAUUGAAUAAUCCUCGAACCUACCAGUACUUCACUGAACAAGAAUUUUCUAUCACCCUUAGCAUUUGGUGUCUGCUCUUUGUCAUGGAGAGAGGAGACUGGAAAAAUGAGCAAUGUUUGUUCUUUGGGAGUGGUUGAUUAAUGUGGCCAGGGGGCAGGCAUGAAUCCUGGGCUACCACCUCCCAGGAACAAGAGUGAGGUCUGUGUGCCUUCCUAGGGCACAUGAGCUAUUCUGGGCCAGUCUCUGAGAUGCAAGGACCCGAUGCCCAAGGCAGGAGCCUUGAGUUUACCAUCAUCAUCAACCUUGCUUUUCAGCAAAUGGAAAAACUUCUUGCUGUCGUGAAAGGAUAGCAAGAACAUUAGAUGGGUGGCUGCAGCCCCUGACCCUAAGUGAAUCCCUUUCUACCUUGUGCUUCAGAUUAUGUGCUGUGCAGUGGGUGGUCAGUGAUAGGGAAUCUGCUGCUUUCACCGAGCCAGCAUCUGUCCUCAUGUCCAAGUGCAGCACCUCAGCUUUCCUUUGGGAGCUACAUCUUACCUGCUUCCAGUCCAAAUAGUUUCAGAGGGCUGACCCCACAUUCCACCCACCUGGCCGAUCCCAUUUUCCAUCCUCUGAUUGCUGUGAUCAGUGCAAGGAUGAGAAUGUUAUCCAAGCCAUGAGUUUUCAAGGAAGCCUACUGAAGGAGAAACCAUUCCCAGUAUGGACUUUGAGCUUGUGUCAUCUUGGAGUUGCUGGAUGCAAUGAGAGAAACUGUGCCUGUGAAUGGGACCACAAGGCACUCAGCAGGCUGAUGGUCGGAGAGGGACCAGGUCACACUACAAGCAUGUGAACCCUUGAACCUGACACCUCUGAACCCGGUCUUCAACUUGUCUCUUGUCAUCCAUAACACCCAAGACAUGGUGGCUCCUAAUGUAAUCUUACGGUGUCUCUUAAUAACAUGUGGACUCCUACAAGGCCAAUUAACAUCACAACUUUCAUUGAACUGGAUCUGGGAUUCUCCAGGGCUUUGGCUUCCGGACAAUGACUGGCUGAGUCAACACAGACAGAAGGUUGGUCUCCUCCGGACACACUAGUCCGUGCAGACAGGAGCCAGUGUCUUCAGGACCUGCUGGGAGGCACCGCCGCGGGAGUAAAAGCAAUCUUGAGACUUCCCCUCAUUUUCACAGCCUUGAUGGAUUUAAAGCACACAAGAUGAGUAUGAUCUGGGUGGCUUUUUCUGCAUGGCUUCUUUCUCUUAGGAUGUUUUCAAUAUUCAUACAUGUUGUAACUUGUAUCAGUACUUCAUUCACAUUUUCCAUUGUGAUUAAAUGUCAAACAUAACAUUUACCACUUAAACCAUUUAAAGUAUAUAGUUCUGUGACAUUCACGUUUAUAUUAUUGUACAAAUAUCCUUACCAUCCAUCUCCUGUACUUCUUUUUUUCCAAGUGAAACUGCAUCCAUUAAACACUAACUAACUCCCUUCAACCCUUGUCAACCACAUUCUAUUUUCUGUCUCUGAAUUUCACUUCUCUGGAUACCUCAUAGAAGUGGGAUCAUAUAAUAUUCGUCCUUUUGUGACAGGCUUAUUUCACUUAGCAUGACUUUAAGGCUCAUACAUGUUGUAGCAUGUGUCUGAAUUUCCUUAGUUUUUAAGGCUGCAUAAUGUACCUUUGUGUAUAUAUCACAUUUUGCUUAUCAAUUCAUCUAUCCAUGGACACUUGGGUUGCUUGCACCUUUUGGCCAGUGUAAUGCUCCUGUGAAUAUGGGUGUACAAAUAUCUGUUUAACUCCCUCCUUUCAAACCUUUUGGGUAUAUACCCUGAAGUGGAAGUGAUGAAUCAUACUUUGUUUUUGACGAACUGCCAUACUGUUUUUCCACAGCAGAUGGCACCAUUUUGCUAUAUUUCUGUGUAUGGCAGAAUAAUAUGGAACUUUAUAGAUCUACCCUCUUUUGCUUAUCCAUUCAUCCACUGAUGGAUAUUUGAAUUGUUUCUACCAUUGGGCCAAUGUCAGCAAUGCUGCUAUGAAUAUUCAUGUACAAGUUUUUGUUUUAACUCCUGUUUUCAUUUCUUUGUGUCAUAUAUCUAGGCAUUGAGUUCUUGAACCAGACUCUAAUUGUAUUUUACCUUUUUUGAGGAAAUGCCAAACUAUACAUUUCCACAAGCAAUGUGUAAGGGGGUUCCAAUUUCUCUACAUUGUUGCCAGCAUUUUUGUUUGUUCUUGAUUAUAACCAUUUAUUACAUGUGAAUGGAUGUCACUUUGUGGUUUUAAUUUGCAUGUCCAUCAUAACAUUAAAGAAAUGUACCUAAGAGGGUUUUAUUAGACUCUCAAACCUCAGGAUACUGCUUAGUAGACAUAACUGUUGUAUAACCAAAAACUAUUCACAUUCUCUUUAAACAAAUUUUAAAAACCAUUAAGCACAAAAACGAUCCACCAAAAUUCAUUACAAUAUCACAAUCACUCAAUUAACCCAGUUAACCCAAGCCCACCAUAAAUUUGUGAAGGUUUUGAAGAAAGACCUACAAAACUACCAAAAUAGUACUUAAAACAAAUACAGUGUGUCAUCAUUAUUCUUAAAUGCAGUGUAAUCAUGGCCAAUGACUUGAAAAAUCAUCAUUGUAUUUCAGCUAUAGGAACACUAAUGACCAACAUUUAAAAAUCCCACCCAUUAAUCAGAAUUGUUAAUAAUGCAUAUAAUGAUCUACCAGCCCCAUCAAAUAGCUCAUCAUGAUGAAAAUUUCGUCCCUGCUUUAUAUUUAAUUUUACAAAUCUUGACAGGGUUCUUUUUUUUUUUUUUUUUUUGGCUGCGUUGGGUCUUCGUUGCUGUGCAUGGGCUUUCUCUAGUUGUGGGAGAGGCCUGUAUUAUGGAUCUUACACCUUCCUAGAAAUAUGAAACAACGGAAUCAUCCUACUAUUUAAG